AUGUCUCACAAACGAGAUUUUGAAAGCAGUGGAAUUGAAGCUGAUGAUGACUCAGUUUGCAACAACUCGGAUUCAAAGAAAACGAAAAAUGGAUUAAUCUGUCAAAAUUUGGAUCAUGCAUUUCGCAUCUUUACAGCCAAAUUAAUGUCCUCUAUUUUAAAACAACAAACACUAAAUUUAGAGGAUCAUGAUUACACACCAUCUCAGGCUGUGAUGAUUUCACCUCUCUCCAUUUAUUUAGCAUUGGGCAUGACCAUGGUUGGAGCGAGAAAGACAACACUGAUGCAAAUGUUGCAAGGAAUGAGUUUGUUGGGAAGUGCAAAUGAAAUAUCGGAAAAUGAAUUCAUGGAAUGGAGACUGGAGUAUUUCAAAAAGUAUAUUCAAUUAUUAAUGUCGUUAGUGAAGCAAGAAGAGAUCAAGAUUGCAAACAAGCUAUUUGUGGAUCAGAAAAUGGAAUUGACAGAUGAUUAUGCAAACUUCACCAAAGAGACUUUUGACAGCUCUGUUGAGAUAUGCAAUUUCAAAAAGGAUUUCGAAACAGAAAGAUGUAAAAUCAACAAAUGGAUUGAAACCAACACCAACCACAUGAUUCGCGAUUUGAUUCCAGUUGGUGGAGUCAACCAGCUUACAGACUUGGUUAUUGCCAAUGCAAUUUUCUUUUUGGGAACUUGGAACGAAGCAUUUGAUGUUGUCAAUACGACCAAGGAAGUGUUUCACACAUUACAACGCAACAAGAAAAAAGUGAGCAUGAUGAACAAGACUUCUGUCAAUGUUCAAUUUGGCCAAGACGAAGAGAAACAAUAUCGUUGGGUGAAACUGCCAUACAAGAAUGAAAACUUUUCCAUGAUUUUCAUUGUACCUCAUUCAGAGUUGACCACUGACAAUGAAAAAGAGUUCCAUGAUUGGCUUGAACAACAACUAUCCUCUCCGAACAAGGUAUUUCAAACGCACUCUGAAAAACUCUCCAAGUUGUCCAUUCCAAAAUUCAAGCUUCAAUUCAAGUUGGAUCUUGCUUCGACAUUACCACACACUCCUUUUAACAUGUCUCAUGCCUUCGAUAAACGAAAUGCCAAUUUCGAAGGAAUGACACGAGAGGCUCUUUCUUUAAAGAAUCCACCCUAUCUUCAGAACAUUCUUCAUGAAUGUGUGGUCGAAGUGGAUGAACAAGGGACGAAAGCAGCUGCAGCAACUGUUGUGGUCGGAAUGAAUUGUCUUAUCGACAAAACAUCUUUGAAGGAAUUUGUGGUAAAUCGUCCAUUUGCUUUCCUGAUCGUGCAUGAAGAGACUAUUGUGUUUUGUGGAAAAGUAAAUUCCAUUAGUUAA